UUUCUUUAUUUUAUUUUUUAUCUGGCAUGUACUCGUAAAGUUGAUUGUGUUCGAGGGUGUAGUCAGGGUUCUACUGAGCAGACGACACAAACACACUUAUUCUUCAGAAAUUUCGAUUUUUUUUACUAAUCAUCUUCCACAUCUAAUUGUACUAAGCCUUUCGAGAAUAAUGCCAGACGUGGAGCAAUUGCAUCUUGAAGAUGCCUUGGAGGACUCUCCUCAAGUAAGUGAAAAUAAAUCGGCGUAAAUAAUCUUUUUUUCGCCGAGGCUGAGGCCUAGUGUAGUAUUACUUGUACUAGUAGAAGAACUAGUAGAUUUUAGCUUAUUCAGUUUUCAGUUUAGUAUUCUUAUACUUAUAUCUUAUAAUUAUAAUUUACUUAGGGUCAUCUAUCACUUGAGCGUCGGUUAUGAAAAAAAUCAUGUUGGUCCCGUUUGAAGUGCUAUAAAGCAGCUUCUAGGGAGCUAUUUGUAGUAAAUUAUCAAUAACAAUAAUAAUAAUAAUAAUAAUAAUAAAGUUCAUUUCAAAAACACGCUUCAUCCCCAAAGGCUCGAAGCGCGGUACAAAGUCAACAAAAAAAAAAUCUAUAAUUAACCACAUUUAAAACAAACGCAACACUACAAAAACUAAUUACAAGCAUACAAUGGCAAAGUCUUUCUAGCCAUUUCAACCCUAAGCAACACAGCCAUUAUGCAUUAACUGGAAAAUAAGGUAGACAAUCAUCCCAGAAGGUGUUUGCGAAAUAGAUGUGUCUUUAAAUCGGUUUUAAAGGACUCCAGUGUCUGGUUGUGUCUGAAAUCGACAGGAAGGGCGUUCCAAAUUGUUGGAACAGCAAAUGCGAAAGUGCGCUUUCCGUAAGUCUUAAGGCAAACACGUGGUGUCGAGAGUUUGCCACUAUCGGAUGAGCGGAGCUCUCUAGUGGGUACAUAAGGCGUCAGCAGCUCUUUCAGAUAGGACGGCGCCAGGUCAUGUAAGCAAUAACAAUAGCUUCUAGAGAGUCUUAAGAGAGCUUUUGGUACUCCACCACCAGUAGCUUCUAGGCAGCUAUUGGCUACUAUAAAAGAACUACCAAAAAUUAGAUUGGUGUGCAGUGCAGUAUUGACUAAGCUUAGUCUAAGAAUUGGUAGUCACUAUUUUUUUUAUUACAUCAUUGAGGCGUCGUCCAUUAAUUAUGUCAAUAAAAUAGGGACGAGGGGGUUGAAAUUUUUGACAAUUGUUGACAGGGGGAAGGGUUAGAUUAGUUGACGUCGGCAAUCAUUUUCUCUAUUAAAAUUUUAAUCUUAAAAAUUGACUGGUUAUUACUUUGACAUUAUUUUAACAAAUUUAAUGAGUGUAAAUUAAAAUAGUUAUAUAAUUUUUUGGCUUUUAACAAUAUAAGAUUUAUUUAAUGUGUGUCUAUCUUUGCACUGCUGAUGGCUGUUCAGAAUGUUAGCACAUUUAGUAAAUGCAAGAGAAUUCUAAAGUCUGCCUCUCUUCGACUGUAGAUUCUAUUUAUCGCAAAUGACUAGGGCAGUAUGUUCGUGGUCAUUUUACAGGUAAGGAACAAGGACAAGGUUCAAGAGUCAUGUGCGGUCGAGAUAAAUGAUAUUGAUAGAGUAGGAAUACAAUAUUUUGAGAAUUAUGGGAAAGUAAAGUGGGUAACAAUAAUAACAUUGCUGUUUGAAUGGAUUUGCAAAAUCUGUAACAUCCAUUUUGCAUCACAAGUCAUGUUGAAAAAGCAAGUUCAACAGCACCGACAAUGUCUCCACAUCAUCAAUCCACCUUAUCCUUGGGCGACCGGUGAGUCUUCUGCCCCUAGGCUUCUGCCUGUAUAUAAUUUUGGCUUUUCUGCAUUCUGGCAUCCUUUCAACAUGACCUGCCCAGCGUAUUCUGCCUUUUUUUAUCCUUGUGACUAUGGGUGGUUCUUUUUACAAAUAGUAAAAAUCUUGGUUUGUACGUAUUCUCCAGAUAUCAUUUUCUAUCACUGGUCCGUAUAUUUUGCGGAGGAUUUUUCUCUCCUAUGUGUUGAGCAGGUUCUCUGCUUUUCUGGUGAGGGUCCAGGUCUCACUAGCGUACGUUACUACAGGUCUUAUGAUGGUGGUGUAUAUUGUCUUCAUUGUUCCCCUGGAGAGAUUUUUGUUUCCUAGUAGCUUUUGUAGACUUAAAUAGGAACGGCUGCCUGCUGUUAUCCUUCCUUUCACCUCUGACAUUAUCUCAUUGUGCUCGUUUAUAGUUGCCCCUAGAUAUUUGAAUGUAGCCACUCUCUCAAAUUUGUGGUUGUUUAUAUUGAUGUUAUUAUCAGCAUGGAAGUUUCUUGACAUUAUCAUAUAUUUUGUCUUCGGUUCAUUUAUAUCAAGGCCAGCUUUGAAUGAGGCAUUUUCAAGUUCCCUGAAUGCUUUAAUUAUGUUCACACUGACAAUGCUUUUAUUUUAAGUGCUUAAUGGUUAGACGAGGAUAAUGUUGACUUGUCUGGUAUAUCAGUUCUGCAUGAUGAAAAUGAUAAAUCAGCUACUAUGCCCAUUGUUACGAUAGAGCAAUACCUGGCUACUCCCUGGGAAGAUAAUAGCAGCUAGAAACUAUGCUACAAUUGUCAGCUAUACUGACAAUAAUAACAUUUCUACUUCCACAAACAAUGAUAUUUAUUAACGUUUUCAUUGAUUAUGCAUUAUAAAAUUUAGGUGUAAAAACUUUUUAACUUGUUAACAAGCUAAAGAUGCAAUAAAAUGUUUUUCCUACAAUUUUGUGAUAUUAAAAUAGAUCAUCAGAAAGUAAAAUGUAUUUAUAUACAAUUCAUUUUGGGGGGUGGGGGGUGGUUAUACAAAUGUUGACAUAAUUACUUAGUGGGGUCACUGAAAGUUUGACAGUUGUUGACAAGGAAAGGGGGGGGGAUUAAAAAUUGUUGAUGUGAUAAAUGGAGAGCCCUUGAAAUCACUCUAAAGUAUGUAUGUUGCCAAAAAAAUGUGUGCCGACAACAUUUUUUUGUGUGUGUCUAGUCUCAUAAAUUCACUCCAAUCUGAUUUUCAAGACAUAAUAAACUUAUUUUUCUUACUUUGUAUAUAUUUUAUUUUAUGUAUCGCAGCUUAUGUUUUCAUCUGCAUCAGAUUCUGUGCAGUUUAAAACAAUGCUAUCUGCAUAGCUUUAAAAAAUAGAUAGUCAAUAGCGAUUCCUAGACAUUAAAUUAAUUUUUGUUAUGGGUGCACAAUAUAAAUUGUUUGAUUGUACAUAAAAAUAUCUAAGCCUUUAUAAGUUAAUGAGGGCUGAAUUAGUAGACCUAUCUCCCAACAGAAAAUCAAUAAAAAAGAGGGGGUUGUCUAAACGAUUGGCCUAAGCUUAUGUUAGCAUCUUUAAGCCUAAUCACAUUAUUAUACCGUUUCAUUUAGGCCUAUAUUUUAAUUUAUAAUUUCUAAUCAUAAUUACCACACACAAAUUUUUUCAGAUGGAUUUUAUUUUUAGUGAACAUAUUACUUUGGCCUUGGCAAAAAAGAAGCUGGGUAACAUUUUUUUAGACUGAUCCCCUUCACCCUAGUCUCAUACAUCAACCUAUAUUUUUUAUUAGGUCUAUAUUUUAAAUUAUAAUUAUAUAGCAAUAUAUCUGAGCAUGGGGAAGGCUACAGCAAACAGUGUUAAAACGGGACUGUAUAGUUAAUAAUUAGUUCCGGGUUGUUGUCACUCGCCCUGAUGGAAAGAAUUCGUCGCGAAUGGAUCUUAUCAUCCAAAAUGUGUUUAGUUUUUACAAUUAAAUCUUUCUUCAAAUAGUUCUUCCAGUGAAGGAUGUUUAGUUUGUGUUAUGUUCCUAGCUUUCUUGAUUAGUCAGUUUAUGCGGUGUUUAGUAUCAGACGUUGAAUUCCCACACCAGCAGGUAAUACUGAAAUUAAGUAGGCUUCCAAUUGUUGCACUGUAGAAUAAGUUAACGAAUUGUUUGUUUAUGCGGAAAUUGUACAGUUUUUUUGAGGUAGAACAGUCUUUGGUUGAAUUUCUUAUACAGCAUUUGGCUGUGCUCAUGCCAUGUUAGCUUAAUAUUAAUGGUGACACCUAAGUAUUUAUAUGCCUCUACUUUCUCUACACUUUGAUUUUUUAUGUUGAGAUUUGUAAUCUGGUGUUCCCCCCUCCUCAAAUCAAUAACCAUUUCCUUUGUUUUGAGACAUUCAGCUGGAGAAAAUUUUCAUCGCACCAGUUGAUAAAGCUUGUAACUAAGUUGUGGUAUAAGCCUUCUCCUUCAGAUAUUAAGCCAAUGAUGGUGGUAUCAUCAGAAAAUUUUAAGAUUGGAACGGUGUCGCUUGAGCUUUGAAUAUCAUUGGUAUAUAUUGUAAACAGUACAGGGGAGGGAAUGCAGCCUUGUGGCGCCACAGUGCUUAUUUCUCUGGUUAGAGUUAAUUGGUCAUUUACCUUGACAUAUUGUGGUCGAUUUGUUAAAAAGUUCAGUAUCCAAGCUUGAAUAUUUAAAUUGACACCAGACGAGGAAAGUUUCUUUAUCAUAAAAUGUGGUUGGAUAGUGUUAAAUACUGAUGAGAAGUCUAAGAAUAGCACUCGGCAUAUUUUUUUGGACUGUCCAGGUGAUGGCAAAGUCUCUCCAACAAUAGUGAGAUAGCAUCCUCCGUACUUCUAGAAGGUUUGUUAGCAAAUUGGUAGGGGUCAAGUUUUUGCUGUACUUCAUUCAAAAUUUGUCUCAGAAUAAGUUUCUCAAAACAUUUCAUUACAAUAGAGGUAAGUGCAACAGUUCAUAAGUCUUUGUUGCAAGUUAUCUUAUUUUUCUUUGGAAUUGGUAUGAUUUCUGAAGUUUUCCAAAUUUUCGGUAUUGUGUGAGUUACAUAAGAUUUAUUAAAUAUGUAACAAAAAAAUGUAGGAGAGCUGCUCUGAGCAUAGCUUAAUGAGGCGACCACUUAAUUUGUCUGGCCUCAGAGGCCUUGGCUGCGUCCACUUGUUUAAAUAAUGAUAUCACUUCCUGUUCAGUGAACAAUAAAGUACCAAAAGAUGAAUUCUUCAUCUCAUUGUGUACACUUCCAAAGUCCAGACAGUCAAAACGACAAUAAAAGUCAUUUAAGUCGUUAGCAAAAUUCUUCACGCCCUCAACACACAUGCAUUCACGCUUAGGAGUAUAUCCUGUUAUUUCAUCCGAUAGCCUUUGGGGAUGAAGCGUGUUUUUGAAAUGAACUUUAUUAUUAUUAUUAUUAUUAUUAUUUGCUUUAUACCAGCCCAACAACCCUUUGAGUUAUUAGUAAGGAAUAAUUUUUCGAUUUUUUCUUUGUAUGUUUGUAUUUUUUUCCUUGAUAUAUUUUUUCCUUCAAUAAUUUUUUAGAUUUAAUGAAUUCCUGAUCGUUAGUCUUAAACAUGGUCUUCUUGUGUAGUAUGGCCUUCUUUAUUUCUCUGCUCAUCCAGGGAUUGUUGUUGUUGAAUACUUGGAUGGUUUUUUGGGAAUAAUUUAGUCUACAUAGAACUUAAUAUAGGGAUUGACGGCAUUUGUUAGCUCGUCAAUGUCCGGGCAAGUGUUUUUAAAUGUGUCCCAGUCUGUACUUUCCAAGCAGCCCUGAAGUUCUUCUGUCGCCUCAUCUGACCACAGUUCAAUAGUUUUUGUUUGAGUUUUUUUUGUUUUUAAAACUGGCUUAUAGCAUGGCAUUAGGCGGACCAUUGUGUGGUCAGAUUCUCCUAGCGGUAAUAAACCAUGACAUGUAGGCCUUUUUUAUGUUACCAUAACACAUGUCCAGAGUUCGGUCUUGUCGCGUGGGGCAAGUAACAUACUGGGUGUAUGUUGGCAUGGAUUUAUCCAGUGAUAGUUGAUUAAAGUCCCCCAUAACAAGACGGAGUCUGGGUUUUUUGUUUCGAAAUCAUGGACUACAUUCAAAAGUCUCUCAGUAGCCUGCUCCUUUUUAGCAUUAGAUGGAAUGUAAAUGAGGAUGAAACAGAUUUGGGUGAACUCCCUAGGUAGGUAAAAUGGCCUUAAAGUGAUGCAAAGUAGCUCUAUAUCGGGUGUACAAACUACAUGUUUCACUGUACUGUUGUUGAUGCUACAGUAGUUUUUGUUAAUAUAUAUUGCCAAUCCCCCUCCCUUGAAUUCGCCGCCGUUGAUUGUUCUAUCUGCACGGAAAAAGUUAAAUUCGUCCAAUGCCACUGCUGAAUCUGGUACCGUUUCAUUAAGCCAUGUUUCUGUCAGGUGGAGCUUUCGCGAAAUUGAUAGAAAUGCUUACAGCAACAAUCCAGUUCAUCUAUCUUGUUACACAGUGACCUAUCAUUUCCCAAAAAAAAACAGGUGGAAGAAAGCCCCGCUGUCCUCUGUUUCUGCAUUUUACACAAAUGCCUCUUCUUCUGCCCCGCUUUUUUUGUCUCAGUCGUGAAGCGGUCGCCAUUUGUUGUUGGCAUGGCGGAAGUUUACAAAAAUGGCGGAAAUAACAUUUUUAUAUUAGGCUGAGUAAUUUGAUAUCUAAAGUCCAUAUUAAAGGUGUUUCUCACAAAGAGAAACACAAAAAGCUCACAUGAAAAUCAUCCUUAGCACAUCUUAGACUGCUAGGCUAUACCUAUGCCUAUAGUCACAGUUACUCAUGAUACAGACUUAUUACAAAUGAAAGGGACAUAAAUUGAAAGUUAUUUACAAAUCUAUGUCUGGUAUAGCCCUAGGCCUAAUUUUUUACAAAAUUAUAUCUUCUUAGACUCGUCAUCUUGUGACUGUCUUUGAAAAAGAUGCAAUUUUAUUGAAGAAAUUCACUCAAACUAUGCACAAUUUGUGCCAAAGAAUUAUGAGUGCUCAGGUAUGUUUUAUAAAAUAAUAACUUAUGUCAAGGCAUAUUAAAAAUAUGAUUAAAUUUGAUGAAAUCUUAUGUAAUUAUAUUAAUUUAUCCUGAAACUUGUUUUAUUAUAGUUUUAAUAUUCAUAUUUUCAUAUGUUAAAUACCUUUACACAUACAUGCCAACCUGCUGGAUACAAAACUGUACAAGAAGUUGCCAAAAACUAUACAACAACAUGAAAAAAUGUACAGAAAAAUAUGGAAGGUUAAAAAAAAAAAAGUAUAAUUUAUUACUUUUUCAAUUAGUUAUUAAUGUCUUGAAUGCAUGCUCAUGCUCUCCUUUUUGACAAUUUCUUGAGAAUUUAAAGAAGCAUAAUUUUUAAUUUUGUAAUGAAAACUAGAUGUAAAGUAAAAUAAGAUGACCGCCUUUUUACGAUAGAUUAUCUGCAUAAUGGUGCUGAGAAAAGAAGGCUUAAUUAGACAGUUAGAAUCUCCCUACAUUGCCUCAAAGUUUCAUCUGUGCAACUAUGUUUUAAAAUGGUGAGGUGGGAGAAACUGCAAUCAGGUUAGGUAGUAAAAGAUAAGUGAAACAAGGUUCGGGAAACCUAAAAUAAAAGAAUGCAACAAAAAAAUGAACAUGUUGACAAGAAGCCUUCUUCUGAAAACAAACAAUAGUAAAAACAAUAUAAACAUUAAAAUAAACACUGAUCUGUAAUGAGAGGACAGCAAGAGGAAUGUGCGAGGGUACAGGCAAUAUGGACAGAAAAGAACAAAAGUAAGCUAACUGCAAUAGAUUGCAACAAGGAGGGUGUGGAGAAAAGUAUUAAUAAGAGAAGGAAAACAUGAUAUUACAGCCAUGUGUUGUCGAAAUCCCAAAAGUCUUAAUCAAUUUGUUCUCUUAGUUCACCCUGGCGGGUGUAUUGGUACAAGACACAAUGGUGUUGAUAGCCAGAUCUCUGGAGCCCUUGUGUUAGUUUCUAUUGAAAUUGUUUGAGAUAGGCUACCAUUUAUCUUGCGCAAUGAGAUAGGAUACUGUUUAUUUUGCGCAAUAUUUUGAAGUGUUAAGUACAUCUGUCAGAGAAAGAAGUUGUAGUCUAACUUCAACUUCUUUUAAACUUAGCUAAAAACCAUACAAAGUAAAGAUAACCUGUACAGGUUGGCAUGUAUGCUUUUUUAGAGUAUACAAUUAAAAAUAAAAAUUAGCAUGUUUAUCUAAUAAAAAUAAUAUAAAGAUCUCUGAGACCUUCUUUAUGCUAUUUACUAAUUAGAUUUAUUGAAAUAGUAAUUGCAAUAUCAAUAUUAUUAUUUACAAUAACGUAAUCCCCGUUAAAAAAAAAAGAAAAGACCAUGUCCUUAAGAAGUAAGUUAAUUAGUUUAAUGUAAUUUUCUUUUUAAACCAGAAUGAAUUGUGUGCAGCAAAUCAGGCCUUAGCGCAACAUUUAAGGUCUUAUGAAGUUCAGGUCAGUAUUUAAUGAAAAUACCAUAUAAUGGAAUAUAGAAUAAUAGAAUAGGAUAUAAUGAGGCAUACUUAUGUAUUUCAUUUCUUACUCCAGAGCAAAAUGUAAAAUCUGAUUUAUGAAUGUUACAUAGCCUACAAAAAUUAACAUGAACAUAGGUCUUUUCUUAAACUAAGAUAAUAAGAUUGUCUUACUGAUCAAAAUAAAUGGAUGUGUUUCUUUAUAAAUAUUCAUUUUCAACAUUUGAAUAAACAUUUUGAUUAAAAUAACAAUUUUAACUAAAACAGUUUUAACAUUAGAUGUUUAUAGAUUUUCGCAAGCACAAAAUUCACCCAUAAUAUGUGAACAAUGUUUUACUUUCUAAAUGACAAUAUUAACUUAAAUAUUAGUUUUUGGAUUUUAUAACACUGGGGAACCAUGCUGGUAAAUUCUGAAAGUUGAGGAAAAAAAUGGAAUUUCUAAAUAUAUUUUUUGUGGGAAAGAAUUAACCCUGAUUUGUGUGAUCAUAAGUACCCGUGAUAAAGUUCUGUGGGUUGUAUCCUCCAAAAUUUAUUUGUAGAUUAACAAAUGCAUUUUGGUUUAAAUAACUCUUUAAGGGAAGGUAGUUGACAUUACUCACAUUCUUUAAGUGGGUGUGUUUGAUGGGAAACGAACUCCCAUACCAGCAGUACUUAGGACUACCACUAAAAAUAUACAUUUUAUCUCCAGAAAUUUCCUUUAGAACCAGAAGAUAGUGUUCUUUCAUCUACCCUAAAGCAGUUUUCAACCUUUCUUGAUGAUGUAAGUUUUAGACAAUCAAUAAUAGUAUGUCAUAAUUUUUAUUAAUUAAAUACAUCAUAUAACAUGAUCCAUAUAUAAUGUUAGCCCCAUAUAUUUUAUUUGGAAAAAGCCCUAAAAUGCCACAUUGUCCAUGUAUAUGCGAUCUGUUAAUCUUGUACUACUAUAACAUGCCUUCCCCCUGAAAUGAAACAUAAGGUUGUAAAACAGUAAACUCAAAAUUUUGUCAAGACACACGCAAUGGCUUAUGUAUAUAUUGAUGUAUAUAAAUUCAAUACAUUUGAAUUUUGCUACAGGAAUCUGUAUUACUAGAGCUAACAUAAAAACAAAUGAAUUAUCAUUCAUUAUAUAAAUUGCUAUUGAUCAAUGUAAAUCUCAAAAUUUGAUCAAAUUAGACUUUAAAUAAAUUAAUUAUUUUCAUUUUAAAGUUGUGAUUUAUCCAUUUAGUAAAGAAGUAAACAUGUUAGCAUGCACUCGCAGCAAAGGGGAGAGCAUUCAUAGAUUUUUCUUGUUGCUAUUUUUAAAUAUAAAGUUUAAUAAAAAAAUCGCUAGGCGAGUAUUAUGCAUAUCCCAAAUUUAAGUAUAAUUUCUCACCCUAAAUUUCUAGCAUCAUAGGUGGUAAUAUAAUAUACUGUAAGAGUUGUGUGGAAGCACAUAUGGAAAUGCAUCUUUAAGUAUAAUAGACUAAAUUAAUUCUUUUCCUAUGCUUAAUACAAGGUAAGUUUGAUUGUAAGACACUGUAUACUGACACAUUUCUUUGCAUUUAAAAAUAAGCCAUUUAUUAUUGUUCAUUUUGAAUUUUUUUCUUUUUUAAAAUGCAGUUCAGUUCAAUUCAGCAAGUGUUGGCUCAACAAUAUUCAGAGACAGUGAUGUAUCCCUUGAAUAAAUUCCUACAAGCAGAUAUUGAGGGUAAAAUAUUGUGUAAUGAAGGCAUAUUAGGGUUGAGUGGUUGCUGAGGGACACCAAAGCUCCUUGUAAGCUUUGUGUGCUUAGGGGAAAAAGUUGUGUAGCUGAAAAAGGUGUGAACAGUGGAAAAAUGAACUUAGCUAAUGAGGAAGAGCUUUGAGGACAACUAACCAGAAACUCUAUUUUCAAAAGGCAUUUAGGAAUUAAGGUUCACCUUGACAGUGCUCAACAGCUUUUAGAAAUAAAAAUCCUACUAAUGAGAAGGUUUUUGCAUAUUUUUAAAGUAUUUUAAGACCCAAAUAGCAUUUGAUCCCGAAAUUAAAUGAGAGUACACUGAACUCAAAAAGUCCUAUAGUAACCAAGUAAAAGUAUUGACUGACAAUGUUCUUUUAGCUAUUUAAAUGAAUAACUCCAUACUGUCAGUGCAACAUGGAUUUGAAUUUGUUGAAAUUAUCAACAUCUUAACAGUGCCAGAAACUACUGAUAUUUCAGUAAAAAAAAAAGCCCUGAUUCUGCACUUAAAUCAACAUCUUUGAUGCAAAACAGGUAGUUUUUGGUGGAAUUUUUCAGCUUGUGAUUCCACUACCAAUGUGUCUAAGAUUUUUAAAAAAUUCUGUAUAAGGCACCAAUUGGAUCUCAAAAAAAUUAUAUUGACAAGUUAAGCUCAGUUAAGCUAAGUAGACUUAAUGGAGUUGCAGCACGGCUCCUAAGUGAAACACCCCAUCUUACAUUAAGGGAGGAUUUAACUAUGUCUGAUACAUGGAAAGGAAUUAAAUUUCUGUGUGAAUUUGAAAUACGCACAAAAAAACACACAAGUUUAAAAAAAUUGCUGCUGCCUCAGAACUUGAGACUACAGCAUUCAGAGCAAUGAAUAAAGGUGAGACAGCUUUUUAACUAUUUUGCUUUGAAUGCUAUUUUUAGAAAUCAUGACAGUCUCAUUCAGUUCUUUAGUGAAAAGUUGCAAAAAUUAGAUAAUGCGAUUGCAAACUACUGUCACAAAAAUUUAAACGAGCCACAAAUUUAUUGUGCACUAGAAGUUCUUAAUGAUGUAUUGAAAGAGCUGGCAUCCCCGUGUAAGGACAAGUGGAUUGAGACCAACUGAUGCAAAGAUAAACAAAAUCAGAUCUAACUACUUUGGGGCAGUUCCUAGCUGGAGUGAGAAGGUUAAAAACGAUUGUUCAUGAAUAUGAAGCAAGAAGGGAUUCAAUAUAUUCAAAACCUAUUUUUGUUUUAGCUUUUAUGGAAAGUGUGUGUUGUCAUUUGGAAGACAAAUUUCAAGAAAGUCAAGUUCAAAGUUGGGUGGCAUUUGAUGUGAUAAAGCUGAAAUUAGAUUGUGACUAUGUAUUUGGAAAUGAGGAAAUCUCCUUUUUGUGUAAGAAAUAUUCAAUUUUGCUUGCUUUGACAGAACCAGCUAUACGAAAUAUUCAAUUUUGCUUACUGUGACAGAACCAGCUAUAAGAAAUAAUCAGUUUUGCUUGCUUUGACAGAACCAGCUAUAAGAAAUCAGUAAAGUGAUUUCAAGUUUUAUGCUGAAAGAAAAAUGAAAUUAAAAUCUAUGAAGUUUUUUGGAACUUGUGCAACUAGCUUUUCAAAGUAAAGAGUAUGCUAUUUUGGCAAAGGUGUUGGACAUUGGUGGGAUAUUUAUGGCAAAAAUUGCAGAUUGUGAAAGAAGGUUUAGCUUACUUAAUGCCAUCAAAAAAAAUCAGAGAAAUAGAAUGGUUGAUUUACAUCUAGACAUGAUUGUGAUAAUUAAGAACUAUCUUCUAAGUAAUGGUUUACACUUAGAAUCUUCUAUCCUGAGAUUUAAAACUAAGGGAAGUGCAAACUCAAUUGUAUCAUUAGUCUCAUUGUGUGUUGUUUAGUUUAAUUUUUACAAAUUAAUUAACCAGCUAUGCAUAGCUCAAGAAACAACAAUGGUGUCACUGUAUUUAAGAGUAUACAAAUCAUAGGAUAUUAUUUUCAGUAUUAAAAGCAUAAAAUAUCAACUUGUUUUCUUAGCUAAUGUCUAUGUGCAUGAACACAGCGCACACUAUUAAAUAUUUUUAGUCAAGCUUUGCACAAUAUAAAAAAUUUGCACACGGAGACUAGAAAAAAUAUAAGGAAUAUUUCCUGGAUAUGCUGAGCAUUACACAUCCUGAAAAUAUCCAGACUGGGCAAAUGAAACUACUUCUAUAUAUUAAGAGCCCACGAUCAAUGUAUUGAUCAUUCUGGCUCCUACGUAUGUAGAGGGAUUUGCAUGUUUCCGUGCCUGGUAUUGAAGAGGAUAUUUCACUGGUCCAAGGGCUAAUCAGCAAGGGUAUCAGGAACUGAGUUUUUUAAAGGCCUGAGGCAAUAGACACAUAUUAGACUCAAAUGUGUCAAGUGUUGUCGCCUCAACUGUUCCUGUUGGAAGCUUGUUCCAGUCCCUGAUUGUCUUUGGCUGGAAUGAGCAGUUCUUGUACUGUGUUCUUUCUGUUAUGAGCCAGAACUGCCUGUCAUGGCCUUGUCGCUGUCAAGGGAGGAGAGGGGCGAGUAUCUGUUUAAUGCUGGAGCAGUGAACCAGCCCAUUAUUUAUCUUGUACAUCAUGGAAAGCCUGGAUAACUGUCUUCUUAAUAUGCGUAAUCUAAAACCGGCUGGGCAAAGGCUUUAUAGGCUAUUAAGAACCCCAGGGUCUUGUUUGCCUCGUUGCACACAUUGUUAAUAUGCUCGUCCCAGCGGACCUCUAUGAAUGGUAACACAGAGGUACCAAACGGAGGAAACUGGCACAAGUAUAUGGCCAUGCAGUUCGUAUUGGUGGUGUAGAGGAUUGCCACUUCUAGAGACUGACAGUAUCUGGCACUUGGCUGGAUGAAAUUCCAUGUCCCAGCUCAUCUCCCACUCAGCUAACUGAUGGAGAGCUUGUUGUAGCUGGUCCUGGUCAGAACUGUUGGCAAUCGUAAAAUACACGUCACCUGCAAUCUUACUGGGAAUGUCAGUUUCUUGGGUAGGUCAUUGAUGUAUGCUAGAACUAACGGGGGCCAAGCACCGAGUCCUGGGCGACCCCUUACUUAACAUCGACAAAGGAGGAGCUUGUACCAUCCUCCACUACUGCCUGGCUUCGGUUGCUGAGGAAGCUAGAGAUCCAUGUAUUGGUAGUGCUUUGGAUCCCAUUGCUCUGAAGUUUGUGUAAAAGCAAACUAUGAUUGACACGGUCAAAUGCCUUAGAGAAGUCCAUCACAAGCACGUCAGUUUGUUUGCUUUUCUCCAGAUUGGUCAUCAAGGUCUGUGUGUUUAAUAAAUCAAAUGUGCAUUAAAAAAGAUUUUGUUGGUACAUUUGUUUAAGGAAAAUGAAAACUACUAACAAACAGCGACAAAAACACUUUCGCAUAUAGCGCAGUUCUAUGUUUGAAAAUAAUGCACCUUGCUCAACCUUAAUGUAUAUAUUAUAGUUCUCAGUUUUUUAAACUCUUUUUCUCUAAAUUUUUCCUGCAUUGGACUGACCUAAAUUCCAGAUUAUAAUAUAAACCAAAUUAAUAAUGCUGACAGAAAAUAAUAAAAAUGUCUGAACUACUAGUCAAAUAGCCUUAAUUUUAUAAGAAAUGAUGAAUAGAAAUAGAAGUUUAAUUGAAAAAUACCUGGUUUCUUUAUCCAGUAACUUAAGAAUUAAAAGUAAUAAUAUGUCAGAGUGCUAGGUAAUGAUAUCCAGUUUGUUGAAGUUUGCAUUUGAAACAUUAUUUGUGUGAUAACAUUCUGUUUAUUAAUUAUUUUUUUUUAAAAGGAAAAAGCCAUGAAGUAAAUAUUCUAUACGGAAGUUGUAGGCUCAGUUUAGUCAUUUAUUUCCUUUUUCAAAAUUACUUUCAAUUUUUUUUUCAGAAAUAAGCACGAUGUGUGAAAUGUUUAAAGUUGCAACAAAUGGUAAAUUUCAUUUUAAUUUUUGUUUCAUUAUUAAUAAAAAAGGAAUUGUUUCAAACAAGUAAACAAGCUUUUUGAUCACAUUUAAAUUAUUUAUCAUGAAUUUAAGUAUUUAUUAAAAUGACUGUAAUAUAUACAGCUUGAAUAUUAAAAUAAAACAAUGAAAACAGAUACAUUUUCUGUUAAAAUUAAUUUUUAAUGAUCUAAAUUUAAAAAAAAAAAUAUCUUGGUAAAAUCUAGUGACUGGUAUGCUUGUAAUUAGUUUUUGUAGUGUUGCGUUUGUUUUAAAUGUGGUAAAUUAUAUUACUUUGUGUACUGCGCUUCAAGCCUUUGGGGAUGAAGUGUGUUUUUGAAAUAAACUUUAUUAUUAUUAUCACUUAUUUUGUUGUAUUAAAUUUUCAGAGCACGAACAAUGCUUGUCAAAGUACAUGAAACAGGCUAUGAAGAAAGAUGAUAAAUCUAGGGUAGAGAUUAAUGAAGAGCUCUGUAUGAACAGAAAAAAAUUUCAUCAGGUUAAGAAAAUAUUGAUUUAAAUGAAAUGUUUUUAAGUAUGAAAAGGUAGCUUGUUAAAUUUAAUUAGUUCUUGAUAUAAAAUCAUGUAUCAGUAUAAGAAAUAAAGUGGGCUUAAAGUUUCAAAGCCAGCCUUAUAUAUACAGUUGGUUAAAGAUAGAAAUUGUUUCAUGAAAAUUCAAACCUUGUCUUAAUGUGAUGUAUUUAAAGAAAAAAAAUGCUUUCUGAAGAUUUAUAACAGCAGCACAUCUAGGAAUAUCAGAUUAAUCAUAAUCUUUAGCUAGCAUUAUAAAAAAUUGUUACUUAAAAGAGGAAACAAACUGUUAAUGAUCUCAUGAUAUUAUUCAACAUUCCCUAAAAACUAUUCACCUCAUAAUUCUUUAUUAUUUUUAGACUGCUCUUCACUACUACUCAUCUCUAAAUGCACUCCAGUAUAAGAGAAAGUGUUUUCUUUUGGAACCUGUGAUGGGUUAUCUGCAUGCUCAAAGGGCUUGCUUUCAAAUGGGACAAGAUAUCGUUUUGAGACCUGAUGUAGAGGUAUUUCUUGGAAAUAUUGGAAGCAGUGUACAGGCGUAAGUGUGGUUUUAUUUAGAAAUGUUGAUGUAGAAUUUUAGAUUCAGAUUUUUAAAUAACUUUUAUAUUAAACACUGUACAUGAAUUUCAAUAUUUGUGUCAAAUAAUUAUUCAGUGUAGUUUUAUUCAACUUGUUAUUGAUGAUAUGAAAUUUGUAUGUUAAUUUUGGCAUGCUCACCUUUACUCAAUAAUCAGGGUACAUACUGAUAUGGCAAAAGAGAUCCAGAAAACAGUGGAAAUUAUAGAUAAUAUAGAGAAGCAGAGUCAACACAUGUAUCAUGCAGAGCCACCUGUUGAUAUGCCUUUCAUCCCACCUAACACAAACCUUACACAGAAAGCUGGAUAUCUUUUCUGUAGAGGGUAUGUAUACUGUUUAGAAAGCAACUACAUUUCUUAUGUUUAACAGGAAUAAUAAUGGAAAACAAUGUACUAAUUAUUCAUGGUUUGAAGUUGUUUAUAUAAGUUAUUUUACUGACCUGAUCGUUACUGCAAAUGUUCGGAACUAUUUUUUCAUGUUGCAACUGAAGAUUGUAUCUUUAAAAUAUAUAUUUUUUUAAUGAAUUAUGAAAAUCCCCAUAAAGGAUAAUUAAGUAAUUCUAGCUUAAAAUUUUUGUCUUGUUUUUGUACUACCGGUACCAGAAAACAAGCUCUUAUUGGCACAAAAUGGGAGCGCAUGUAUUUCUUUACUCAGGGAGGAAACCUAAUGAGUCAAACAAAAGAAGAGGUAUACAAUUUUAAAAUGUUUGUAUUUCCUUAAAACACAGCUGCUUGUAAGCAUGUUAUUUUUGUAUCGUAUUAAAUCUUAGUUUAUAUUUUGUGGUGCUUAAUUUUAUACUUGCAUUGUUUAUUUCAUAACAUGCUGUAAACAAUAUAAAUAAUUUUGCAGUAAACAUUGCUUUGUAAUGUUUAUUAAUGGUAUUAACAUAAUUUUAAAAACUCAUUCAGGUUUGUAAGAACCCUGAAGUAAGUAGAUGAGUUCCAUUUGUCGCCAUCCCAAACCCUCACCUCUACCUAAUCAAGAUGAUUGAACUGUUAUCAAUUUCCUUUGUAUUUCCAAAAAAGAAAUGAAUAAAAAAUUAUAGGAGCCAAAAUGAUCAAUAAAUUGAUCGUGGGCCCUUAAGAUAUAGAAGAAGAAGAAGAAGAAAUGAUUUAAAAAAUAUUAAAGUGUUAAUGUAUUCAAAUGAACAUUUUACAAAUACACAUUUUAACCAUGCUCAUUUAUGUUGUAAUGAUGUACAAUUCAUGACCUGAAAGUUAAACAUCUUUAUUUUUUUCUUUUUAAAAAGAGUUGGCAUUUAUUCAGAAACACAUACACCCUCGCUAUUCCAAAAAUUUGCUUCAUAGUUCUUUACAAUAUUAUAGAUAUUUAAAUUUAACAUUGAAUUGCUGCUAUUCUCUAUUUACCAUUGCAACCCAGUGACUGUUUAUACAAAAAUUGAUUGAUAAGUAUCAAUUUAAUUCCAAUGCAAGUUAAGUAAUAAUUGAAUAAUUAAUUAUUUUUUCGCCACUAUUAAUAGGAAUAUAUUAAACAAUUUGUAAGUUUGAAAAGGUUGAAGCAAUAUUGAUGUUAAAGAUUACAAACAUUUUUUGUCAGCAUUUGUUUUUCAAAAAAUGAGAAAAAUAUCACUUUAAAAAAAAAUUGUGUAUUAAUGACAGACAAAAUUCACCUCCUUUCUGCCAAGUCUUUGUAGCUUUAAAAUAAGUUUUAAAAAGUUAUCAAUUUUUUUAACUCAUGCUACAAUGAUAUUUUUACAACAGUUUGCUGGGAGUUUGGUUUUAGAUUUAAAUGAAGAAGGUGUGGUAGUGGAGUCUUGUGUUGCUGAUGAUAGAAGACAUACUUUCCAAUUGGUUGCACCCUUUUCCAAAAAGUAAGUUGAAUGUCAUGUUAAUAAACUUAAAGAAUUUAAAGAUAUAAAAAUUUGAAGAGCUUUUCUUUCUUUUAAGCUGCCAUUUAUCUUUCUAUAAAUGUGAUAUUAAUUUUUUAAAUAAGCAUUUUUAUACUUUAUCUGUUAAAAAAAUAAUUCAUGAAAUGAUUACAUGAUUUAGAGUUAUAUUUAAGAUUUUGUACUUUUCUCACCCUGUUGUGUUUGGUAAAGUUUUUCUGUCUUUUUUAAAUAGGACAAUUAUCCUCCAGGCAGAGAAUUAUAGAGAAAGGGAUGAAGUAAGUUCUCUAAAAUUCAUCUUCUAAAAGAGGACCCUACUUGAAUGAGAUAAAUUGAUAAUCCUUGCUUGCUCUCAUUCUUUUUUAAUCUACUAGUACUACUGCUGCCUGACCUACUGGUACUAACUGCCUAACCUACUAGUACUACUGCCUGACCUACUUAACAAAAAAAAAUAAAAUAUAAAACUUUCAAAGUUAUUGUUAUUUUAAUUAAAUAUAAUAAUGGAUGAAAUUAAUAAUCACUAAAAAAUGAAUGCUCAUUUAGAGAGUAACCUUUUAAUUAUAAUAUUUGAAGUUGACUGUAAAUUUUCACAAGAUCACCUUUGCACACUGCCCCCCCCCCUCCCCUCCUGUAUUAUUAAAUACCCAUGUUACAGAAUUGAUUUUAAAAGUCUGUUUCAUUUAUAACUCCUUUUAUUGUUUUGCCAUCUAAACUUGCUAUACUUGUAGCCUUUGCUGGUUGUCAAAAUAGAGCAUUAUUCUCAUGAAACCAGUGGUGUAAAUUUGAGCAGAUGAAUGUAUGCCAGUUUAGUUGUCAGGUGCCCUGAACAAGUGUCAUACUUGACAAGCCCCCCCCCCCCCCCCCCCCCCCACCCCCGGCAUAAAUUGCGGGCAUUAAUGGCAGUAGAGGGUUAAUGUGCAUCAUUUAGAAUUAAAUGUUAACUUUUCUCCUUGAUGUGUUAAUUAUUCUAUAUUAUUUUAUAUAUCGUCAUCUUUAAAAAAAAACAAAAAAUAUUCUGAUUUCUGUGCAGCAUGAAAAUAAAUGUUUGUGGCCUAGGAAAUAAUGCUUGCGGGCAAAAGAUAAUUUUUUUGGAUCGAGCUUUGACAAAUAUGAAAAUAACUUUUCUAAAAUUAUAAUAUUCAGUGCUAAUUUAUUUCAGUGGAUAGCUACUUUGCACAAUAUUAUUAGAGAUGGUGGCUACAUAAGAGGAAAGCCAGGUUCAGCUAAGAAAAAGGUGAGUUUUUAAUUUCAUUGUGACGCCACAAUAAGUAAAAGAAAAUUUUUAUUAUGUUCAGAGAAAAAUUAAAAUUCAGCUAUGUUGUUAAUUACAAUAGUCAAGUAUUUGUCAUUUAAAAAUAAAGAGCGGAAUAUUGUUUUGUUCGUUUCAGCUUUCUUAUAUCUUGUUCUUAAUAUUUCCUUUACACAGCCUAAACCCUCUCCACAAUAUAACCCUAAAUGGUCAGCAAGUUCAAAAAAUUAGAAUGAAUGUUUCUAAAAAGUUUUCAUAAUCUUGUUAUACUCAUGAAGUUCAAGAUGUAUUACAUCAAAAAUAUAAAAAGUUAUUUUAAUUACAGGAUCCACCCAAAAAGCUUAACAACAGCCAGUCUUCAGAAAAUACAUCAGUAGCUGGUUCUCAGACUUCUGUCGGGUAAGUUGAGCGAGACUGGCUUUAGAAAAUUAUCUGUAAAGAUACCACUUAGCUCAUUUGUUAAUAAAUGUUGUGUUUAGUUCCUUUAGAACACAGGUUCCCAAACUUUUUCAAGUCGCAAACCUAUUUUCAUAUAGAAGAAAAGUGACCAAUGAUUCCAAUAUAUUAAAAAAAUCCAUUUUAAUAGGGUAAAAGAAAUCAUUUAAAAACUGAUUGUUCAGUAUAAUAUAAAUCAAUAUAAUUUUAACUUGCGACAUAAAGAGCAAAAAGUAAUAUUGUAACUUGAGUUUUUUGAUAAUGGCAAUCUCCUUUAAUGUGUUGCUUGCAUUGGUUUUCAAUGAAAAAGCACUCUCGAAUAGAUAAGUUGAAGCUAAUUGGAAUUUUCUGCUAUUAUUCAAACUUAUUAAAAAUGAAAAUUUAAAAUGAAUAUUUCUUGAGUUUACCAUUUCAACCAGUAAACCUAAAAAAAAAAAAAAUUUCAAUCUCAUUUUGGGUUGACACUGUGGGUUUGGGAAAGUGUAUCAUUCUUGUGAGGGUGUAAAAGUUGGUGAAUAGAAAGCUAAUCAUUACCUUUCAGUGAUUUUUUUCCAAAAGCAUGCACUUGAUUUUUGACUCAUUGGCUGUAAUUAAAAGCAUUUAUAUAUUAAUAACUGUUUUAGAUUUUGUGACAGAAGCAUGUACAAUUAUUAUCUCCCAUUUGCUUUGAUAAUACAAUCUAUUUGACCUUUUUUUCAACAUUUAGUAAACAUUCAAGUUUUAUUACCAUUCUGUGGUCCUUAGAGUAAAGUCUGCAUUUAGUCUAUGAAGAAACUAAAAGCAAUAAUGUUUUUUAUGUGAAUCCCCCUACGGCUUUUUUUUUUAUUAAACUUGAUUUAAAGAAAUCUUUAAAAAUGAUCAAUUAAUUAAUUUUUUAAUUUCCUUUUGAAAAUUAAUUCCCAUCAAAUUUCAUCAUAAUAUCUUCACAUUGUUUUUUUGUUUUUAAGUUUUCCUAUUUUAUUUUUUUAUUUCACCCUAUUAAACUUGACAGUUCCACCCAGGGGAGUGUAACAUCAAGCUUUUCAGCUCCUGGUGCUGCUGACACUUUGAUUCUGGACACCUCUAUCCAGUUUGAUUGGGUUUCUCCCAGUGAAGAAAGCAGGGCAGUAACCACUCCUCAGUCAGGCCCUCCAAAGUUAGUAGUGACAGAAGCAUACUGUUACCACCCUUAUGAGAUUAAACAAAUCUAUAACUGGUUGUUUAAUCUAGGACAGGGUUUCCCAACUUAUGCUCCCCCUUGGGGUGCAAAGUGGCAUUCAGGGAGUGCAAGGUUUAUUUCAAGGGGGUGCAAAGAAAAUAAAUUAUAAGAACAAAGGAGGCAUUAAUUUUAAAGUUAUGAUAUAAUCGUUUUUAUUUUUUUUUAAUAUGAACAUUAAUAGUAACAUUUUCAUACAUUUAAGAAUUCACAAGUACUUUUGCUAAGUUUUAGAGUUCUCUUUGCAAUUCAAUAUAUAAUUAGAAGUCCAAUAUUAUCAUAUUUUAAAAUAAAUCCUUACUUUUUUAAGGGGUGCAAGACAUACUAAAAAAAUUCGACGAGACUGCAGAGUAUAGAAGUGUUUGGGAAACACUCCUCUAGGGGAAAGAAAUAUUUACUAGUGGAGUAAAUUUAUGAAAUUAGCUGUUACUGGUAAAUCAAUUAGAUACAAUGCUGUUAAAAUGAAAGACAGUAAGUGAUCUUAGAUAAUGAAUUAAAAAAUAAGAAAACAGAAAUAAAUACAAGUACAAAAGUCUACAUAAUACACAAAAUUACAAAGAAAUGAAAAAAAAAAAAAAAAAAAAAAUUGUCUUACACUAAAAAAACAAAAAAAAAAAAAAAAAAAAAAACAUAUAAAAAAAAAAAAAAGUAAGUGAUCUUAAAUAAAAAAUUAAAAAAAAAAAAAACAAAAAAAAAAACAAGUACAAAAGUCUACAAAAUACAAAAAAUUACAAAGAAAAGAAAAAAAAAAAAAAAAAAAAAAUUGUCUUACACUAAAUAAACAGUCUAAACUUUGCAGAAAACUACAUUUUAUAAAAAAAUAAACUACACUAAUACAAGUUCCUUGGAAAUGUUCUAGAAUAUCUAGUUAAAGUAAGAUGGGAAUGAAUUUACUUACAAUAAUGCCCAUCACUACUACUAAAGUUAGCUUCAAGGCAAUGCCUUUAUAACAUAUUAUAACAUGGUUGGUCUAUUCAGGUUAUCAGAUCUCAAAUUUAGUAUGUUAUGAGCUUAGAGCUGUAUCUUUUAUACUCAUUGGAUGAGUCAUGUGGUUGGAUGCCAUUAAUGCCAUUAUUGAUCUGAAAUAUUAUCUAACAGCAAACAAGCAUUUAGGUGAAAUUUGGGCUAGCAUGCUGCUAUAUGAGCCAUUCGUCAUGUUAAAUGAUGUUUCUGAGUGUAUUUGACACUUGCUUAUGAAAUAUUUAUACUGGUCAGCCGGCUGAAAGGUGUUUAGGGGAUAGGAUAACUAGCUUUUUUUGUCAUAACUAACUUUUUUUAACCAUUAAUUGUAAUGUUGCUUUCAAACAAUAAAAUAAAAUCAAUUGUAAUUAAAUUUUCCAAUAAAAACUUUUCUGGGAUCUUUCAAGUUCCAUUGUACAGUUUGACUAUUCUUUAUGUGCAGUAAAAUAUCAAAUUUUUCUUAAUUUUAAUACAUACCUUUGCUAGCAGGCUAUAGAAAUUCAACUAUAAAUAAAGUGAGUGCAGAACGCAAUAUGUAUUACAGCAUAAAACUGUUGCAAUUGUAAAAAUAUUAUCACUUAAGUUGUAAAUAAGUACAAAAAACAUCUGGAGACUUUAUGCAAUCUUCUAACUAAAAGUAAUAUAAUGAAGGUUUCCCAUUUUGCACAUAAUGUGUUUUUGUAAAGCAAACCAUAAGCUUGACCUAUGUUGACCUUCAUUAACAUAAUCUAAAGCUGAAUUUAACACUGAGGUGUAUAUAUUGGUCAUUCAGCAGUUUGUUCCUUACUAUUUGAAAACCAUGUUUCCACCCUCCCCCUGGUGGAAGCUGUACAUUUUGACACCCCACCCCCCAAAAAAAAUUAAAUCAGUAUAUUUUAUUAAUUUAUAUAUUAAGACAAUGAAGACAAUAAAUGACAUCACUUAUAGUGUUAGACAGUGUUUCCAAAACUUCCUACAGGAAGUCAAUUUAUUCUCUGAGAUAGCCAAUGUAUUUAAGAUUAAAAAGUGUUUAAUUGCAAUAUUUAAUUGGACACGUUUUGUGUGUGUAAGUUUGAUCCUACAAUGUUGAAUCUUGGACUAAAGCUAGGCAGCAAAAUUAAAAUUCAGUCUUAUUUACGGCAUCAUGGUGACCUUCUUUUAGUUCUUCCAUGAAGUUGGUGAGUUGAGGGGGCAGGACAUAAUACCCUUAGAUUUGUGCAGGUGGGGCAUAAAACAUGUAAAAAAUAUUGAGACAUUGUCUAAAAGUUGUCAAUACGCUAAAUAUUAAUUUAGUGAUAUCUAUCAAGUUCAUUUAUGAAAACACAAAGUAACAGUAUGAGAUAUAAAUAGGCUAUAUAAUAGGGUCUUACUGACUUCUGAAUUUCAGGAUACUUGUUGCAGAAUUUGUGGAUAAAUGUACAUGCAUUUUCUGCCCUAUACACAAAAUCUCCAAUCUCAAACAGCGCGUCCUAACAGCAUAUUGUCUCCUGGGCAAAGUAAUGGAUUGAAGCCCUCUUCAUCUAUAAACUAAUUAAGUCUUAAAGCAUUUGGGGCCCAGUUUGGCCCAUGCGUUAUAUACGGUGUUUAAUUCAGACGAUUUCAUAAGGGGUGGGCAUUUCAGGCGUUCAGGAAAGAGGGCAGAGCAUCUUUCAGUGAUAAAGAAAUACAUAAUGUCGCCCAGGGCCAUCUAUGGCCCACUGAGGGUAUGCUUUUGGCCCCAGCUUAUUUUCGCCACUGUAAUCUAUAAAGUUAAACUAUAUACAUACCAAACUUAAAGAAUAUACUUUUAAUUACUAACGUCCAGUGCAUUUAUUUUAAUUUUUUUUAGUAGGAAAAAAAGGGGCUGGCACUGUCAAUUUGAUUGGGGAGGGAGCAGAAAUCGAAGGUGCUGAAGACUCUGGAAUAAAACUAAUGAUGGGUUUGGGGAGGGGGCUAAGCAAUCUUCCCCCAGACAGUUUUUGAUAAAUUCAAACAAAAAUUCAAUUGCAUUUUGGUGCUGCCUGAAUUUAACAUAUGAAUUUAGUUUUGCAUCAUUCUGCACAGAAGAGAUCCUAGUAGAAAUUUAUGUUCCCUUGACCUUGUUGUCUUUAAAAAAAAUCCUUUAUAUUUAGUUGUUUUAUAAAUAGUAAUGUUGUUAAUAAUUUUUAAUUCAAAAUAUUUCUUUGCUUUCACUUCUUCAUUAAUAAAUGAAUUUUCAUACAAUACAGAAAACCUUCUGCUAACAUCAGCAUGCCUGUUGAAUGAAAAUGGAAAAAAGACUAUAAAUAACUUUUUACAUUUGUUUGAACUUUUAAUAUUUCCAAAAAUUUUACAGACACCAAAUAGAAAGCAAAUUAUAAUAUUUUUUCAAUGGAAUUUUCAUGGCUAUUUAAAUCUGGUAUUUUUUAAAUGUUUAGAAGUGGCAAAAUAUGUAAAGAAAAUGCGAUAUUAAAAAAAGGCAUAUGUUUAUUAAUAUAUGAUUUAUCGGAAGGAACUUAUAGCAGUAUAAAUUUAUUCAAACUUCAGUAAAUGGAUAGGUUUAUUUGGAAUGAAUUUCAAACUAUUAUAGUUUUCUUCAGAUAAACUAAUGAAAAUAUGAAGCCUAUUUUAAAACUCUUUGAGUUACUGUAACACAUUUAAUACCCCCAAACCACCCCCUGCCUCACCUGGACACCUCCCCCUGCCUCACCUGGACAUCCCCCACUUCCCAAUUUAAAUAAAUAAAUCCCUAUAUUUUUUUAAAUUGACAAAUUUUUCUAAAUCUAGUACCAACAAUUAAAAGGGAAUUGAUUUGAAAAUUUAAAAAAAAAAUGUUCAAUUCGGUUUACAAAAUUCCGUGUAACCUGCUUAUCAGUGCACUUUGAAAGACUUAAUAUUGAAUAAGAAUAUUGACAACUUGAUGUCAUUAGAAGCAUGAGGUCCCCUAGAAAUAUGAGUAACCUAGAAGCAUGAGAAGUACCCAGUGUCCCCAUGCCUUAAGACGGCACUGAUCUCAAAGCAAUAACAUCUUUCCCCCUCAUUUCGAAUGUAAUGUAUGGAUGGCCCAGAUAUAUGAGCACUUUAAAAAAUUAAAAGCUUAUCACUGACAAUGUCAGUGGUUUCACUUAAUUAUGCUGGGUCUUUAAUGUUGGUAGUUAGCUCUUUUUUUCAGUGUUUCAUUAAUAAAGCAUGUUAGUUUUAUUGCUUUGUGUUUUUUUAUAAAAUAUUAACGAUUGAAUGCAGGCAUGCAACAUUGAAAAAAACGAUUAUACCUUAAAUUGCUUAAUUACAUUUAUAUUAACCUUGAGAGAACAUUUGUUUUUAAUCAAAAUUUGUAUAGUCUAUACAAUGAUUUUUUGUCAGAGUGGAUAAUGAUUAAAAAAAAACUAUUGUAUUAACUCACUGUUCAUCAAUUAUAAGGGUAGAUAACACCUUCAAUGUCAAGUUAAUUUAUUGCUUAUGAAUAAAUCCAAGAUGUCCGUUGUAUGUUGAUUAAAAACAUUAAUCUGAUCAAAUUCUAAAAUAAGUUAUCGACUAAUAAUAUAAUAAUAUUUCUUUAAUUAUGAUGAGCAAGCGUGAGAAAAUAAUAAUAAUAAAUUUUAGUUUGUUAAACUGAGAGCUCACUAUCAAAAGACUUUAAAAUUUACUUUGCUUAUAAACAGAAAAAAUAUUUUGAAUGUUUAAACUUCUUUAGAAAAAUAUAUGAUAUACAUUAAUAUCUCGAAUAGUAUGGGGUUAUGUUCCGAACCCCCCCCCCCCCCCCCCCCGUAGUAUGAAAAACCGCAAAGUAGGAUUUAUAUAUGUAUUUUAAAGCUUAAUAAACCCUUAAAUUGUUUUAAAUAAAAUUAUAUUAUUAUCUUUUACAAUGUUUUUUAGGCUACAAAAAGAAUAUUAUACUGCAAAAAUAAUGAAAAUUAUAAAUAUACAAAAUACAUUUACUUUAUACAGCAAAAAUUCUGCGACAUAGCAAAAAUUUACCCUAGGAGAAAACCCACAAAAGAGAGGACAUAUACUAAAAAAAAAUAUAUAUUUGUAUACUUUUUCAAUCAUCUCAUAUUUUUUAAUUCCAAACUUUUCAAUCCUAUCCAGUCCAAGGUAAUAAUUUAGGACAAACAGUAUACAGCAGCUGGGAAAAGUUCAGUGAUUUAAUGAAAUAUAUUGCUUUGGCUCAUAAUAGAAGAUGUAUCAGCUUCUCGUUCUAAUUUCUUGCAUACUUAUCUCAACAUUUUCUAAAAAAGAGCAUCUUAUUUAGGUAUUCUCAUUUUAUUAUUGUUUUAUUUUAGACGACUGAAUCCAUUUGAUCAGUCUUCAGCUGUUGUACUUAAUCCAGCAUUUGACAAUGCAGCUUUCUCUGAGACCUUUACCACCAGAUUUCUGGGAUCUAUGGAAGUCAAAGGAGACAGAGGCAAGUGAAGUAAAUUCAGACUUGGAUUCAGAACAAAUAAAGUAUUUUUAAAAUUCAUAGUUUGGAAGUCAUUAAAAAAAAACAACUAAUGGAUACAUUUAAUACUUAAAGGCCUUUUUAGUGUGAAUAAAUAAUGGGGCAUCAAGCAGUCUAUCACUUUUUGUUAGUCUCCUUCAAAUAGAACAUAAGGCAGAAAAAUAUUCAUUCUAUUGCUGUUUGUUGUUAGUCCCCUUCAAAUAGAACAUAAGGCAGAAAAAUAUUCAUUCUAUUGCUUUUUGUUGUUAGUCCCCUUCAAAUAGAACAUAAGGCAGAAAAAUAUUCAGCAAUGUCAUUAUUGUCAUUGAUAUUCCUGGGUAGUCCCUACCUUUAUGACUAUCCUAGCCAUUAUCCUUGUUCAUUAUUUCGCAGGGGAGCAACUGGUUCAUUCUACUAUAAGGCAGAUAAUGGCCGCCAGAGCCAUCCACAAUAUUUUUAAGAUGACUGAAUCACUAAUGGUUGUGUCUAGCGAAGGAAUGAGGUUUGUAAACUUAACACAAUUUCAGUUUUGUUUUUUGGCAUAAAUCUGAACUUCAAAUGAGAUAAUAAUUUAAAACUAUCGAAUAGAAUAACUUGAGGCUGUGGGUGGCAAAUGAUUUUUGUGACAUGAGAGUGUUCACCUGGAAGGGUCUUUAAUUUAAAUAUUGAUGCUAUUUAAAUGCACUAUACAUUUUUAUAUCUUUGUGGUAGUUACGAGCACAACUAUAUCUUCUUUUAAAUUAAAUGAUAAAAAGGAGUAGGAGUAAUAGGACAAUUUUUGUCAUUUAACACAUUCUAUCCAAAUUAUAGCAACGAAUAAAAAUCAUAGACCAGUUUUUUGCAAUGACGUAUGUCAAAGCUUUUUUUGUGACAAUAUAUUAAAAAAAAUACACCGUUAGAUUUUGUUGAUUUGUUUAAAAAGAAAAUUUUAAUGAACAGUUAUGCAAUAAACUUGGCUCCAAAUUUGCUUCUGGAUGACAACUUAGUUGGUUUACAACGGAUCUUUAAUGAAACAGUAUGAAAGAAUGACAAUUUAUUUAGUUUACAAUGUGGCUCUAACCAAACAGUACGUAACAAUGAGAAAAAUAAAACCAAAAUUUAAGGAAAUACAAAAAGAACAAUACCAAAGCUAGUGAUCCUAAACUGUAACAAUUUAUUUAUGCUAUUAUUUCUCAUACAAUGUACAUUCACUAUGCAUAGUUUAAAAUUAAGUACACUACUGAAUUUUAUAAAAUAUAAUGGUAAAUAUUCACCCCCACAAUCACUUACUCCAAGCACACACCAUCAUUCACUCUGUGAAGUCCCGAGGCAUUGUCUUGUGUUGUCCAAAGGUGUCUCUUGUAGACUCUGAAACAGUCUAAUUCAUCUUAAAUAUCCCUCAUUUAAGAAGGGUCUAGAAAUUAAAUGGUCAUGUCACUUAAGGAAAGCCAGAGGUUCUAGAUUGUGUAUGAUCGUUUGAUUGUGCUAGGGAAGGAGAAGUCACAAGUCGACUCAAAUAAAUUUGUCUUUAUUUGCAUUUCUUUAUUUUAGACUCAUUGAUCCAUCCAAUAAUAUUAUUCGAGUUGAAUUUGCUCUACAAGAUAUUUCCUUCUGGUCCGCUCAUCCAGAUAACAAUAGGUUUGUUGAACUGUUUUAUUGUUAAAAAUAUCUUAUUUAUCUGAAUCAUUUGUUUUCUUCCGUUUUAACUUUAUGAAUUUUGUUCUGUACUAUCACAGACAGUACUAUUUUAUGCUCCUUUUGGUUUAUGGGAAGGGGAUUGUAUAUAUAUAUACACACACACACACACAUAUACAUAUAUAUAAAUAAGAGAGGCUGCAUUUUCUGUCCACAGCAUAAAAAAUAAUGGAAAUUAUUAGAUUGAGAGCACAUGAUUUUAUUUUUCAAUGAACUAUUUUUUGACAUUUGAGCUCUAAAAAAAUAUUGGCAAAAUUCUAUAAAUCCAUUUUUAUCCAGACCCAAAUUCAUAGAAGGUGAUAAAAAUCAGUGACAAAGUUAAACAAAACAAGCAGGCAAAAACUAGUGUAUUCAUUCCAAAGGGGGGUAUUUGAUAGGUGGUUGUGUUUUAAUAAUGCCAGGAUAACGGCACGUUAACAGAAAAAAGUAUGGGAACAUUAUGGAAAACGGCAGAAAAAUUUCAUUGGGGAAAGAAUAUCACAAUAAUAAUAUGAGUAAAAAAUGAGAUCUUUCAUUGUUAAGUUAGAAUCCUUGGGAAGUAUAUUUAAAGAUUUGCUUUAAUGCAGCCAUUUUAUGCACUAAAAGUGAAUUCAGCUCCAUAGCAGACCAAGUUCAAUUAAUCUCUUUGAAUAUUAAAAUUUUAAGAGUAUAUAGUUUAGCUCAAUAGGUCUUAUGAUAAAUCCAUCACUGUAAAUACGAAGGCACCAUAUUAAUGUUUCACCAAGAUUGAAAUUUUUGCUUCGCUCUGCCCUGUUAGCUGUUACUUGUAAAAAUUUGUGCAACCGGUUUGCUGUCAAGCAUCACAUACCACAAACUUGUUGUUUUAAGAUAAGAUCUACCAUUCUUGGAAGUGAAAAAAAUAUACAUUACUAAUAAACUUCAAAUGCCUUCCAGGCUUUUUGGAUUUAUCACUCGUAAUCGCACGUUGGCUAACACUGCUGCGGAGGGCAAGCAGAGUGAUGGGGACAAAACCCAAAAUGCAGCGCCUUCUUUUGCAUGCCACGUAUUUGAAAGCAACACUACUGCAGAAGAUGUAAGUAGGAAAAAUGACUGCAUCAUCACAUUCAUUUUUAUCCCAAUCUAGCAGUCACCCGGAUUUGCAUCCUUUGGUCCAAAAAAGAGUUCAAUGCAGGCAGUUUUUUUAACACAUCCAUUAUAAGUUUCAUCAAUUUUUUUUUACUGAAAUAGCAAUCUUAAAUAUUGCUGAUCCUGUUAACUGUAAUGUAUCUGCUAUGAUCUACUAGUGUUUCUAAAUUUUAGUUCAAUGUCAGUUCUUUGGAAUUUUGUAUGUCCUCCUAGAGUCAUGAUUUGUUUGUAGCAGAUCAAUAAAAUUUUUCAGUCUCUGAGUAGGAAUCACAUUUAUAGGGAAUUCACUAUAAAAAUUAGUCAUCUUAGGGAAAUAUUUUUUAGUUCAUCACUUCUGUUUGACUAAUUUCAAUAGCUAAACUAUAAAUGCUUGUGGUUUGAAAUAUUUUGGUGUCAUAAUUAAAAUGUGUAAUUAAAAUGACUAUGAUUUUGCCGAUUCCUUUAUAGUGUUAUGUGCUUGGUGUAAGUAACUAGGUUUUUUUAUUUUCAGAUUUGUCAAGCCAUAAGCACAGCUACUAAAGUUGCUUUUCAAGCACUGAUGGUGAGUGUAGAGUGUUGCAUAGCUGUUUUUAUUUGAAGCUUUUCUUCUGUAAUUUUUGUGCUGGAAAUGUAAUGUAAUGUUUUGUAAUCUUUUCAAUACAAAUUGUCCACUUUAUACAAAUAGAUUAUAGAGCCAGAUGCAAAAUGACAAGUAAAAAUUAUGCCCUUAAAGAUUUACAUCAAAUAAGCUACUCAAAAAAUAGAAAGAAGGCAUCACAAGUGUGUUGAUAAAACGUAUGCUCUUAGCAGUAGCAAUUAGGCCCAUUAGAUCCACUUCUGCUUACAUGUUAACAUCCCACAAGACUGAUGCCUUGGUGUGCAAAUUAUGAUGCUUAGUACAAUAACACUGACAUUUUUAAAAAUGAAUAAACUGUAGAUGAACAUAUAAUAAAUAAUAAUAAUAAAGUUCAUUUCAAAAACACGCUUCAUCCCCAAAGGCUGGAAGCGCGGUACAAAGUAAACAAAAUACAAAUUAUCUAUAAUUUACCACAUUUAAAGCAAACGCAGCACUACAAAAACUAAUUACUAGCAUACAAUUGCAAAGUCUUUCUAACCAUUUCAACCCCAAGCAACACAGCCAUUAUGCAUUAACUGGAAAAUAAGGUUGACAAUCAUCCCAGAAGGUGUUUGCGAAAUAGAUGUGUCUUUAAAUCGGCUUUAAAGGACUCCAGUGUCUGGUUGUGUCUGAAAUCGACAGGAAGGGCGUUCCAAAUUGUUGGAACAGCAAAUGCGAAAGUGCGCUUUCCGUAAGUCUCAAGGCAAACACGUGGUGUCGAGAGUUUGCCACUAUCGGAUGAGCGGAGCUCUCUAGUGGGUACAUAAGGCGUAAGCAGCUCUUUCAGAUAGGACGGCGCCAGCUCAUGUAAGCAGAAGGGCGUAAUAAAAUAUGAUCUUAACUUUUUUGCUAAAAUAGAAACUGCCCUUUAUUUUACUCUUUCUUUUCCUAUGUUUUCUUUUAUUAAUUUUCCCAGAAUUUAAAUUUUAUUAACGAGAUUCAAUUAUUAUUUUGACGGGCGAACAACAACAACAUGAUUUUAACACUGUUUAUAUUUCUUCUCAUAUUCUGUUUUCUAUAUUUCUUCUUCUUCUAUAUAUAUAUUAAGGGCCCACGAUCAAUUUAUUGAUCAUUUUUGGCUCCUAUGCAUUUAGAGGGGAUUUACAAUGUUUCUGUGCCUGGUGUUGAUGAGGAUAUUUCACUGGUUGCAAGGGCUACUUUGUGAAUGCUCCCCUUUCUUGUAGAUUGGAGUGACAUGCUCUGUUCUCCAGUCUGCUGGAACUUUGCCUGUGCACAGCGACGAUUUUCAAAUUCCCUGUUCCUAAUCCAUGGGUCGUGACCCCGAAUGGUUUUCUCAAACAGUAAUCUUAAAAAAAAAUGAUUUCAAAUUUUAAAAAAUUUCUUUGGUGUCUUAGUAAAGUUUAAAUAGUUUCAUAAAACCCAAUCUAUUGUAAAUGUGUUUUAUUGACUAUUGACUUUUUUUUUAAUGUACUCGCUUCGCAGUUCACAUUGUUUCUAUAAAAUGGGGUCAUAGGUCACUUUGCCUCCAUGAAAUGGGUAGCAACCCAAAAAAGUUUCAGAACCUGCAUUUUAAUGAAAUGAUUUACUAAAAACAAAAGAGCCGAAUAUAUCCCUCCUAGUUGCCUCGCUUUUUAAAAUCUACGCUCAUUUCAUUUAAUGUUUUGCUUUCAGAUACGUGAAUCAGAAACUCACAGUAUGUUUUUGUUUAUAUAAUCGCAUCUUUAUUACCACCCAGCAUUGUAUGAUCUACAUUUUGUCUGUAAAAGGAAAUAUAUUUACAUAACUCUAAAAAAUACAUGCCUUGAACGGAAUAUUUCCUAACAUUGAGGCUAUUCUUUGCCAGGAUAGCUACGAGUUAUGAACUGCUUGUAAACUCGACUCUGAUUUAAUUGAUAACUCUGCAUGCACACAAAUGUGUUGUUUCAAAUUGCUUAUUAGCAUGACUUUAAACACACAGGGGAAGUGCUAACACUUAUUAAAAUGUUCAAGUCCUUGAGAACAUUUGGCAAACUAGCCUUAAUUUUUCAUGUCAAAUAAAACAAGCUUGGUUUUGGAACUUUUCACUUAACCAAUGUCAACUUGACGCAUUUGUUUUUACAAUCUUUAUAAGUCAGGUGGCAUAAUUAUUAUACUUUUAUACACUAAUAACUAUAGUUCUUAUUUCAGCAUUACUCUUAUCCUACAGAAUAUGGUGUCUGUGUAUUGCAUGUCCAUGUUAUGCCUAGUAGCAUAGCCAAAUUUUGAUCUAAAAAGCAAAAAUAAUUUUUAAAAAGUCCGCUCCACAAAAAAUAAGUUCAAUUUAUAAUGAUCAUUUGGCUUAUUUAUGUAACUUUCAAGUCCAUCAAUUAAAAAACAUAUAUUUUAACAUAUAUAACUCACUCCCCCCAAAAAAAAAAUUUGCCCAUACUGGUAUUUAAUUUUUUUUCAUUCUACACUUAAUCAGUGAGGGACAGAAGAAAGGUAACUGAAAAUUUAGGUUCCCUGACCUUAAUGUGAUUUGUUCAAAAGCUUUAUUUUUUAGUUGUUACCAAAUAUUAAUGCUUUUUAAUUAUUUUCAUUUAAACUAUUUAUUUGUUUAAACUAAUUCAUUCAUAAAUUAUUUUAAAAAAAUAAGUCUAAAUAAAAGAUAUCCUGUCAUUCCGCCCCCUUCACUCAGCCCUGGGUACAAGACGUGUUUUGGAUCUCAGCAUUAGUUUUACUUCAAUUGGCACCUGUGUUGCUGUCACAAAUUUUAUUGAUUAACCAGUUGGCCUAUUGUCAUUCUCCCAUAUAGCACCUCUCUUUCUGAUUUAGGCCAUUCCCUUUUGAUCUUUGCUAGAAUUAAGGAUGGGAGGAGACCAGCAAGGGAGACAUUUUGGAUUUUGUUAAUGUUGCAGUCAUCUUAAGUAGUGUUUACUUUUUUUCUUCAGAAAUUACACAAAACAUUUUUUCUUAAACUUAUGUUGGACACAAACAUUUUUUUCCUCAACAAAUUGAAAAAAAAAUGUAUUUUCUUGAAAAGGCCCCUUAUUGUAAUUUUUUGGAUAAUUUUGGUCUCAUGGGGGAACGGCUAUUUCCCCUGCUCCCUCUCAGGCUAUGCUAUAGGUUAUGCCAGUCGUGCUUGUCAAAACCUAGAAUGAACUCGUAUUAAACUCUCACUUUUUAUAAUCAAGAAACAUGCCCUAUAUGCACUAUACAAUUUUAGAGCAUGUUCACUAUUCUGACAUUACAAAUGAUGUAGUGACAGCUAAUUAGCAGCAUUAAAGAAAAAAAACACAAAGUCAAAUUAGCAUACAGUUUAUAUUUUCACAGUAUGUUAAUGCUGUUUAAUCUUUGUCCUUAAGUUUAUUUGAUAGAUUUUAAUUUGACUGUACAGCUCAUUUGCCUAUUAUCUACCUCUAAAUAUAGUAUAUAACAUAUUUAAAGAUUGUUUUUAAAAAAUCUUAAAAUUAUAUUUAUAAAAAAAGUUUCUGAUGAUAUUUUCUGUACUUCCAGGAGAAAAGGAAAGGAAUAACUCCAACAACAGCAGCUGCUCCUAAACCCAAAGCUCAACUCAAUGAGAAGGUAGGAAAGAAGAAACUUCUUUGUCAUUUCUAACAAAAUUUCUUUGUCUUUAUUAUAAAUGGAACUUAGCUGUACAUGUUAUUUGCCUCUUGAUAUCACACACAUUUGACAUUCAUUCAAACUAUCAAGUUUGUUCUGCUUCUGGUAAUGUUUCGUUGCUACAUCCAUGUACUGGCAUUUUUGCAACGGUUGGGGGUAUGAUGUUGCUAUUCUAAUAGCUCCUAGCUGAUGCCAGGGCAGCCUUGAAGCUUUCGACUGAUGUUGAGUUCACAGUUGCAUCAUUCAGGUUGUUCCAUGCUAUUAUUGUUCGUGGAGAGAAAGAUUGUUGAUACUGAACUGUGUUGCACUGAGGCACUUUAAAGCAUUUGCUAUUGUUUCUGGUGUUAUUGUUUAUGGGAAUGUCAGUGGUGAAAUCAGUGUUCAGUAAGCGUUUUGCUCUGAUCAGUCUACCCAGCUUCUGUGGGGUGAGGUAUGUGCCUGCUGGGAUGGCAGGCACCAGUCCCAUGAUCACUUUAUAUAAGAAUGACAGGCGGAGUCCCUCUCGUCUGUCUUUAAGGGGAGGGAUGUCAAAUGUUGAGUGCUAUGAGAUUGUAUCUGUUUCUUUAAAGACUAACAGUGAUUUAUGCUUAUAUACUCUUUACAAAUGUAUUUAAAAAAAUAUUUUCUACCUUUACACUAUGUUUGUAAAAAAAACUAUAUAUUUUUUAGAUAAAUACUCAACCUAAAAAUUAUCAACUAUUCAUGACAGAACUUGCUUCUGAAGAACAUUCAGAGCCUACCAACUGAAACUGGGAACAAGAAGAGCAAAGCUGGUUUUGAUGAAGUAGAUUCACUGCAAGAUGACCCUUAUGAUGACCUAAACUCACGUCUUCCUCUGAGUCCAGAUGGAAAGUUUUUGAUCCUAACAGUUCUUGAUGAGCCACCUUCCCCUACCAUAGCCUCACCCGAGUCUAGCUUGAAGCACUCAGAAGAAUCCACUGGUGCAGAGGGAGAAGACAGUGAAUCAGAAGCAUAAAGUCUUCAUUUUCAGUUAUGUAAAUCAUUUAAUACAUUUUUGGAACACUGUUAGAAACUAUAUUAUUGUUGAAAAUAAUUAUGGCGUACUUCCAAAUUUUUCUUAAACAGAGUAGCUUGACCUAGGACCCACUUAUUACACUUUUAAGUAGCUCCUAAAUCCUGUUACUUGUGUCUAAAGAUUUCAUUUAGUUGAUUAAGGCUAAUUAAAAUAGACCCAAUAAAAACAUUUAAAAAAAAAAUAGUUUCAAUCUGAAUAAUUUCUUUCCUUUCAAUUCAUUCAUUCGUCAUGCAAUCCAUGUUUGCACAUGGAUUGACCAAUGAUAUGAAAGUGGAACAACCUUAAUAGAUCUUUUGUCCUUGAAAGAAAAAUGUUUUUUUUUUUAAAGUGUCAUACCCCAAAUAAAAAUAAAUCAAUCUGUAGUUACAUUGUAAACAAAUAGUUCCAUUUAUGAGUAACUAAAAAUAUGUUGUUUUCCCUACUUUCUGUUAUAGCAGUUCUAAGUAUAGGAUACACAAUAGUAUUAAUGAAUAGAAUGGACUAUUUGUGACAGUUUUGUACUUGUUGUUAUUAAAAAUUGAUGCUGUUAAUGAGUGUUUCAAUAGAUUUCACACAAGACAUGAGCAGCACAAAUGCGUUUCCAUUGAGCCAUCCAUGCCUCAUUUUUAACAUUAAAUUACUUUUAUUUUAUUGGAUGAAACAUGGAGUGUAAUUAACUCAUACAUUUACUGUGAUGUACUGUGCUAACUCAAUUAAAAAUGUUAUUGAUCUUUGAUUAUGCACAUUUUAGGCGUGGUCAAAUCUUGAAUUCUAUAAUUAGAUGUUAUUGAUAAAGAUACACUACCCAUUCUUUACAAGUUCUAAUGGGUAAUAAAGAGUUUCUCUGGAUAUUUUAAACAUAUUCAGACACCCUGAAAAAUACUGUUGGCAUUUAAAAUUGGCAAAUUCCAAAAAUGAUUGGGUUAACAUUAUGUGGAAUCUUGUUCAUGCUUUACUAAAAAUAUAUGAUUAGUCUGGAACAUUUAUUAUUCAGCAUUUAAGUCCAGAUUUAUUUAUGUGUAUGUGAGGACAUUUUGUUACCUUUUUUACCAAGUUUCUUUCAUUAUGUAUUUAUUUACAACUAGAUGUGAUGUUCAAAUCCUGAGAAAUAUUCAUUUUGUUUGUAUCCAUUGUAUUCUGCUAUUCAAAGCCAACCCAUGGUAUCACAAUAGAUAAAUAUAAUUUUUAAAAUCUUUUGCUUUGUUGAGGUUUAUGGUUUAUCAAACUGCUUUGUAAUGAAGUUAUUAAGAUUAAAAAAAAAAAAAAAAAAUGCUUUGAAGAAGCAUAGCUCUUAAUUUGUGAGAGAAAUAACAGCUGCUGUGGAAUAAUUUUUAAAAUCUUUUUCUUUGUUGAGGUUUAUGGUUUAUCAAACUGGUUUGUAAUGAAGUUAUUAAGAUUAAAAAAAAAAAAAAAAAAAUGCUUUGAAGAAGCAUAGCUCUUAAUUUGUGAGAGAAAUAACAGCUGCUGUGGAUCAGUUUAUACAGCAAAUAAGCAAUAGAAAAAAUUUAGGCCAACAUUAACCAACAAUUGGAUUGACCAAACUCACUAAUUCAUUUUGUUUGUAUCCAUUGUAUUCUGCUAUUCAAAGCCAACCCAUGGUAUCGCAAUAGAUAAAUAUAAUUUUUAAAAUCUUUUGCUUUGUUGACGUUUAUGGUUUAUCAAACUGCUUUGUAAUGAAGUUAUUAAGAUAAAAAAAUUUUAAAAAAAAAAUGCUUUGAAGAAGCAUAGCUCUUAAUUUGUGAGAGAAAUAACAGCUGCUGUGGAUCAGUUUAUACAGCAAAUAAGCCAUAGCAAAAAUUUAGGCCAACAUUAACCAACAAUUGGAUUUACCAAACACACUAAUAUAAAGACUAAGGAACACAUUUAUUAUUUAUAAAACUUGAUAAAUGAUGCGGCCGUGAUUGUCAUUCUAGGCUUGGCCUAGUGAGCCACUCGUCAAAGUGUAGAACUACAUAGCUACUCCAUUGUCUCACGAAGACGGAAGGAUGCCAUAUAUAUAUGAUAAACGUGCAUUAUAAUUCAUGUUGUGUAUUUUCCAAUUGUAAAUGUUUUUUAAAUAAGCUCUAUUUACUUUGAAUGAUAAUCACUCUGAUAUGAAUGGAACAAAAAUCUUAAUACCCAAUUUUAAAAA